ACUUCCUUUUUUGUUUCCUCCCUGUCAAGGAAAGGAAUCGCCCUCCACUGAUCCGCUCCACUCCAAAUGGCGAAGCUACAACCAAGCGCCGGCGCCGUCGUCUUUCUUGCCUUCCUCCUAAGCGCUUCUCUCCUCGCCCCCGCAUCCGCCGGCGGGGCUCCUGGCGCGUUUCCCCUCGGCUGGAUCUCCGGUUGCCGUGGCUCCAUCGCGGACUGCCUCGCCGGCGACGAGUUCGACGUCGGAUCAGAGGUGAGCCGCCGGAUCCUGUCCACCUCUGGAUAUAUAAGCUACGGCGCCCUCAGGCGCGACACCACCCCGUGCUCCCGCCGCGGUGCCUCCUACUACAACUGCCGCCCCGGCGCCCAGGCCAACCCCUACUCGCGCAGCUGCUCCACCAUCAGCCAGUGCCGUGGAUGAAGGGGGAAAUCCUAGAUCUCUGCUCCGUUCUGGGAAAGAGGGGUUUUUGUGGAAAAAAACUGACGAAUUUGGUAUGUAGUAGUUGGUCGUUGUGUUUGAUUUUUAAAAUAUUUCUUAUUCUUGCCGGUAUGAACUGAUGCUAUUGCUGUAUUAACGGUGUAAAAAUCAUUUUCUGUUAAAAUUCAGUUUCCUUUCCUUC